AUAACUGCAGCUCGAACAUCCGUCUGAUUGAGACUAGUCGGAGUUUCAUCUGAAAGCAGACGAAAUGAUGUCCACGUUUUUAUGUGUGUUGUUGCUGGGCGUUAUUCUUGUGGCCAGUGUCAAAGGAUUGACCGAGGGCCAGCUUCAGCAGAUUUUGGGGAAUGACAAGGGUGCACCGGCUUCUGACGAUGUCGGAUGGCAUUAUAAAACAAAGACCAGGAAAGGUGCAUCUGCUUCUGACGAUGUGGGUUGGUAUCAUAAAACCAAGACCAGUAAAGAUCCGGCCCCUUGGUGUCAGUCGCAUAUUUCCGGGGCUGAUUGCUGUGUGCAGAGGACGAUGCACGCACACGGGAAGACAUAUCACUUGAACGCUUGCGUGAACGUGGACUUCCACCCCCAUGCAAAUGAGUACUCGGUCUACUUUAGUGUGAAUGGGUACUCCCUCUUCCACAAGGACACAGACCUGAAGAUGAAUGAAAUGGAGGAAUGUUUCUCGGCGUCCCAGCUGGCCCCUGGUGCCAAGAUUUGCAUUAAAUUGUACAAGAUCAGCACGAAACACAAGCGUAUGUGCGCUGCCCUGGAUGGCAAAGCAGUCAUCAAGGGCGUUGAGAAUAACGUUCAGCUGGACUACGGAUGUUUCCAAAUCGGUUCCGGAGACGAGAACGAGGAUGAGCAGGUGCCCGUUGGCAUGGAAACAGAGGAGCAGGCAACAAAAGCUGAGAUAUUCCGAGCUCUCUCUGAUCAGCAAUAUCUGAGUGAUGGGGGUGAGGAAACGACCUCUACCGAAGAUGACACACUGCGUUUUUAAAACUGAUUCCGCAGUGUUAAACAUGGAGUUCAAGUCAUAAUAUAGAAAGCUGGUCGAGACAUUCCAAUUUUAAAUGCUACUUGUCAGUUGUUAAUUAAAAACUGUCAACCAUCUAUUUGGUAUUAAAAUAAUUAAGUAUGAAA